AUGCGAGCCAUUUGCAACAUGUUUGGUUAUUCAACUCGAUUUCUGUGGCUUUGCUUGCUGGCGAGUUUUUUAAGUAUCAUAGGACUUGAUGACACCAAAAAAGUCCACGGAGCUUCUCCUCAGCUGACCAAGAGAAUCUCGAAGAGGAUCUAUGGCUCUUCCGAGGGGCUGACGACAAAAAGCAGCAUAACCAAAAGAAUCACGAAUACACUUGCUCAAAGUCUGGAACAACACGCUAGCAGUCCAGCGACAGAGACGAAAUCUUCUAUGAAAAAUUCGGUUCCCGCAAAGGUUUUCACGGAGGGAAACGAGAAAGAAUCCGGAGAAAAUGGCAACGCGAAAAAGAAGAAGAAGAAAUCGUUUCACGAAAACAAGACGACUAUCAAGAAUGAGAAAAACACGACUUCAAGAGAAAACAAAAAAAGCCUAAAGACAUUCUCCUUGCCGACGGAUCAGCUAUCCCAGCUCGUAAAAUCAACCAAAAAUAUCGACUCGAAUCACUCUAGUCUGGAUUCAAAAUGGUCAUCGAUCAGCAGGCACCGUCCUCUUCAGCGAAUAUCGAAUCAAAGUAUCGAAUUUACCCGUUCACCGAAGCAAGUAACGAUCUGGAAGCUACCAAACAAUUUCGCACUUUCGAAAUCACUUCUUCGCGGACAAGAGACUAAAGGACCCUUGGACAAAAUGAAUUGGAAUCAAAGAAGGAAAAAUAACGGAAAUGCAGAUAUGGAACGCGACUCCCUAGCUUCUGUAAUCAGUAAAACUGGUGGAGACUCUUUCAACUUCAAGGAUGAAACAAAUGAUGUCCACGGCAAUAAAAAUGGCCACUGGCGAAUAAUCGAAUCCAAAACAAUACUCCUUUCCUACCCAGGAGUCAGACAAAAAGAAAAACUCAUUUCUUCUAUUAUUGGAAACCCUCUCUCUUCGAAGGCUGCUUUAUUUGAACAAAAAGCGAAACUGGAAAAAAUUAAAGAUGGCGUCGUGACGCAUGCAACAGGGACGCCCAUUUUGAAAUCUACAGCGAAAACUCAGCGUAAAGUGCCGCAGCAAUUAGACAUCAAUAAUUUAAUUGACCACAUACGACAACACAUCUACGGCAAUAUUGGCUAUCCUAUACACCUAUGGCCUUGGCAUAUGUCUGUCCAACAAGCAAAUUUGAAAGGAUGGCAGCAUUUAUGCUACGGUGCGGUGGUCAGUCGCUAUUCAGUGCUUACCAACGCUGAAUGCGUCUACCGUAAGCCCCUCCCCUCGCUGAGAAUUGUCAGACAUAACAUCAUCGACAAAGUGAUCACCUUAAACAACAGCUCUUACAUCGUGGCCAGAGUCAUUCAUCCCGAGUAUAAACGCUACCUUGAACGUCUUCACAGAUACGGACAAAUAGGCGCCCAGCCUGAUCAUCUCGACGGCAGCGGCUACGGACACCACAUCAGGAGAAAUAAUCUGGCUCUGCUUCAAAUGCAACAUCAGUUCGGAGUAAACCCGAUCAACCUAGAUAACGACGAUCAUACUCACAGGUAUGAAAUGUGUUACACUCUCGACCAUCGGCCAGUUCAAUUAAUUAGUAAUCGAGAAUGCGGUUACUAUUUUGGAACGGAACACAUUGGAAGCUCUCACGUGUGCGCCUACGGCCUUCCGUGUGAUAUUCAUCAUCAUCACGGCUCUCCUUUGGUUUGUUCCCAACCUGGCCACAGACCUUACCUGGUUGGCUUAUCUUCGUAUCAGCAGAGUUGCGGGGACCACCGACCGACUGUGUAUGAGAGAAUAGCACCGUACAACAGUCUCUCCCCCUCUCUUCCACCCCUCUCUUUUUCCGCUCUCUCACUCUCUCUUUUUUCCUAUCCUCUUUCUAAAUCUCUCUCCCUCACUCACUUCCCUCCCUCUCUUUCUUUCCGCUCACUCAUUCUCUCUUUUUCCCAUCCCCUCUCUAAACCUCUCCCUAUCACUCUUCCCUCCCUCUCUUUCUUUCUACUCUCUCGUUCUCUCUUUUUCUUAUCCCCUCUCUAA